AAGAUAUGGGGUUCUUCACAAUGCUCUCUAUGCCACUCUACCUCCCUUUCUUCUUCCUGUGUCUUAAAACUGCCUUCUCAGCCUCUUUACAUGCUUCUUCCUUCUCAACAACAAAUCUCUGCUCUCAUGAGGAGGCUGCUGCUUUGUUGCAAUUCAAGACUUCCUUUUCCAUCAAUUACACUGCUCCUAAUCAUGGUCUAUGUCACGUCAUCGCCCUUGAUCUCAGCUGUAGUCUCCUUUCUGGCACCUUUCCUUCCAACAGCACUCUUUUUCUCCUCAAAAACCUGCAAAGCCUCAGUCUUUCCUUCAUUGAUUUUAGGCUUUCCAAGAUUUCACCAAAAAUCAGUCAGUUUACUAGACUAAAGCAUCUUGAUAUCUCUUCUUCUCAGUUUUCGGGCCAAGUUCCAGCAGAAAUUGCUCACCUCGCCAAGUUGGUUUCUCUCAAUCUCUCUACUAAUUUUGGUUCAUUGAACCUUGAAACAGCUACCUUGAGAAAUCUUGUUCACAACUUGAGUGAGGUGAGCGAACUUGUGCUUAGUGGAGUGAACAUGACAUCUGUUAAUCCUCGUUUCUUCAUGAAUCCUUCUUCUUCUUUGACUACUCUUGAUCUUUCUACUUGUGAGUUAAGAGGAAACUUCCCGAACAUUAUUUUUCGCUUUCCAAAUCUCAAGAUAUUUGGUUUACUUGGAAACAAAAACCUCACUAUUGAUCUUCCAAGUUCCAAUUGGAGCAGUCCUCUCCAAAGUUUGUGGUUAGAAGCCACGGAUUGCGGAAGGGGAUUGCCAGAGUCUAUAGGAGAUCUAAAGUAAUUGAAAUCUCUAUUUCUCAUCUACAACUUGGAAGGCUCCAUUCCAGCUUCCAUAGGGAAGUUAUCCCAACUUACUUUCCUAAGCUUCUCUUCUAAUAAUCUUAGCGGAGAAAU